CCGGGACUGUGCGAAAGAGACUCGGGGGGAUAGCGGGCCAGAGCCGGCCGCUCCUCCUUUUGAAGCGGUUUCGCACCUCUUUCCGCCCGCGGCGUCGGUGGCGUCGGCGGCGUCGGCGCUCACGCAGGGGCGGGUCACGGCGGCGCGAAGCGGUGCUGGGCGGGAAGGGAAGUCGUGGCGGCGGUGGCGGCGGGGACAGCUGCGACGGCGGCGGUGGCGGCGGAGACCGCAGCAGCGGUGGUGCUGUCAGUUAGGCCGUCGGAGAAAUGGGAGACCCGGGGUCGGAGAUAAUAGAAUCUGUCCCUCCAGCUGGGCCCGAAGCAUCUGAGUCAACAACGGAUGAAAAUGAAGAUGACAUUCAGUUUGUUAGUGAAGGACCAUUAAGACCUGUUCUGGAAUACAUUGAUCUGAUCAGCAGUGAUGAUGAAGAGCCUAGCACCUCCCAUAGUGAUAGAAUGCCUGAGUCUAAGGUGCCAUCCUCUGAGAAUCAUCGCCCAGAAAUGUGCUCUAGCUGCAGUGUUCCUCUUCCCAUUGGAGACAGCAGCUCCUCCUCUGGGAGUUGCACCAGCAGUCCACAAAGGAUAGUUUCUCAACCUUCUUCUGUUGAGAACCCAUUGGAGAACCAGAAAAAUGAUCAAAAUAAUUCAGAUAUUAAGAUUUCUGAGACAGAGACACUUAAACCAUCACAAAAUUAUCAGACUCUGCCUUCAUCUCCAGUUCUGGUCCCCCAAGAAUCUUUGGCCUCUUCAGAGGUCAAGGAGGAUUUACCUGUAGAGUCUUCUUCAGCUUCACAGCAUGGACAAGAUGCCAUCCUUUAUCUUCAGACACAGGUGGCUGAGAUGUCACGAGUGAUACGUGAUCUGCAGUCUAGGAGCUGUUUUAGAUUCCAUCAUUCUAGGCCAAGUGAGAACUCCUCAGUUCCGUGGGACAUCUCCACCUCCAAGGAUGAAAAUUUAUCUACGGUUGAUGAAGAAGCUGACUGCAAGUCCCCCUCAGCUGAUGACAAAGGGCAGCCAACUGAUCCCAGUCAGUCUAGUUUCACAGGUCUUUUGAAAAGAAUGGAACAAAGAGGUGUUAUAAAGAGAGUAACGUUACAAUCUGAAGCAGAAUCAUGUGAAGGGAAACCUGAUUAUGUGACCUCUAAGAAACGUUUGGUUCCUCCAUUGCAUCCUCUUCUGAGAAUUGCCACCACUGAGGUUUUUAAAGACCCUGCUGAUUGCCAUCCUUCUUCCUUCAUGGGGCACAGAGUAUAUCCUGUGGCCAAGGAUACCUCUCCUUUCCAACCAAAUCCACCAGCCGAGGGCCCUAUUGUAGAAGCACUAGAGCACAGCAAAAGAGGAAGCACAACAUCUCCUCUAGAUUCUACCUCAAAAGAAAUGGAGGUCAUGGGUUGUAGAUUCUACCAUGCUGCUUCCAUUGCAGCCCGAGCUGCUAGUUACAUGGCCUAUAUGACUCAAUAUCAGCGUAAACUCUGGGAAGACAUGGAGGAUCUGGUUCAUGACCCAGAGUUUGAUCGUGGAAAAGCAAGAUGUAUAAUAUCAGAUGGUAUGGAUGCCGGCCUUUGGCAGCUUUGUACUACUAGGGACAUAAUGGAUUCUGUAGUCAGAGUUAUGGCCAUGGCAAUAGACUACAGAAGACAAGCCUGGCUCCGACUUACAUCUCUCACUAAGAAAACCCAGGAGAAGAUCUCACACUUGCCCUUUGAUGGUACUUCUCUCUUUGGACAAGAUGUAAAUGCUGUUGUUGCAGAAGAAAACAGUAUAAAAGAAAAUGAUUAUAGAGACCACAACAAAUACUAUAACCAACAUCGAUACUUUUAUAGUCAUGAUCAGAAAGCACAUUAUCACAAUAGAGGAUAUUCCAAAGGAGAUUGGUACAAACCUCGAAACCACCCCUAUAGAUAUAGAAAAAAGGGAGAAUCUCCAGAACGCCAUGGGUACAAGAAUUAAUAACCUGUUUGCAUUCAGCAGUGUAGUCAUCCAAGAUCCUAACUAUUUUACUUGUUCCUCCCCACUCAAACAGGAUCUACAGGUAGGAGGUCACCUCAGAAAAUAAAUGCAUGUCUGGAAUUAUCACGGCUAACAUGUAAUUCUAGACUUUUGAAAUAGAGACUUAUGUUUUAUUGGCCAAGUGACAGUAGAGACUUCCAUCUGAGUAGGGUUGGACAAACGUUUACCCAUUAUUUCUGGUCCAAAGUAAGUUCAGAGGAGGGUACUCAGGAAUCUGAAUCCUCUUGUGCUUAAAAAAAUAUAAAUGAUUUGUUCCUCAGGAAAAUCUUACUGGUAAACUGAGGACUAGCAGAUCUGGGGCCUGGAAAUAACCUGCUACUGGGACUCUGUUUACUAAUGCCAGAGGCAAAUCCUUCAUUUUUAUGUCAUCAGUGCUUCCUUGUUCGGGCUUCACCUUGUCAGAUCUUCACAAAAUGACAAAUCUGUUGUGCCCUGUUUAUGUCAGGACGAUCUGACUCUUCAAGAGUCCAUACUACUCUCAAGCUCUCUCAGACUUCAGAAUCAACCGUGCAACUCUGUCAAGAACUGGAAUACAAAUCAAAUUUUGCCAAAUCCAGUUUGCUUCCAGUAGGAUGGCUAGAUGUUACAGGUCUACUGUGGACACCAGCUGGAAAAAGACUUUCCUUCUUGUAACAUCUCUAAAAAUUUUCAAAGUAACUGUCCGUAUCGAGACUGAUGGCUACAGUGUCAUUACCACUCAAAGCUACAUGUGAGAGAAUUCUUUUUAUCAUCAUGGCCUAAGUCUUUGACCUGUCAAGCUCUCACAUAUAAGCAAGCUGUGAGACCCAUCAUGGUGUUCUCUCAGGAUAUUCUAGGCCUUUCACCAAGAUGACCUUCUUAAACCUACCUUCUAAACGGUUAAACUUUUUGAGCUUGAUAAUUCAUCACUCUAAACACAAAAAGGAAAUGUGCAUUAGUGUCCUGGAAAUAAAGGAUGUUCUACAAUCCAGGCAUGCAAAUCUGAACUCUUAUAGGAGAAUUCCAAACAUGCCUGACAAUCUGGUCCUCUUACUGUAAUAAAGAGGGAUGCCAUCAAAUAGAUGAUGUUGAGAAUCCUUAAGUGUUAGAGUAUAACUAUGGAUGUAGUAAAGAGAACAUCUCAUGCAGUUCUGUUUCUGGAUAUCUGUUUAAACGAUAACAUCCAGUAAUGAUUUCUUAAAAGUCUGAAAUCAAGACUUCAGUAACAUGUUCUUGGUUUAUUGGUCCCUUAUUCUAGUCAGACUCUUAAUCAUGAGAGACGACUUAUCUUUUUGCUCCAAGUUGGUUCCAUUAAUAGUUCUUCACAAUUCUGGAACUGGCAGCAGAUACCUCAAUUGUAUAUUCCACAGUAUCUUUUUAAUCUCAAGGCAGUGGCUGUGCAGUAUACCAGUCCUUAGAUCCUCGUUUUCGCAGCAUGACUUCAAAAAUGGAAGAAGUGUCAAGUUUGAGGGAUCAGAGUCCAUCACCUAGUAUUAUUUGCUUGACAGCCCCCCAAAAAAUUUUUGUCAACAGACUUAACAUUUUGUAUCUCCUUAGUUUGUAAAACACCUGCAUUUUUUCAUCUGCUUGGUCAAAAUAUUUUGGAUCUACUGUUAGUGGAAUAUAACUGUUUUAGGGUUCAUGUGGUUUCUAUUUCUGCCGUAGUUCUUGCACAGUGGUGAUUUAUAUUUUCCCUAGUGCCCCACUUUUUAAUAGUUGAAGCUCAUUCCCCCUCCAUUGUAACUAUAUUCAGUACCCUUUUUACUACUUUUCUUCCUCUUUCUGAUUGUUGAAGACGCAACAGAGGUUGAAGACUCAAAUCCCUACUUAGAAGAAGUUAUUUUAUUUUGUCAGAUAAGUUCAGAGUACUAUAUUGGUCCCAUUUGUAGAUUAAGCUUAGCAGACUUGAUAGAGGAGAUGAUCUUGCACAUUUGGUCAAGUCAUAUCUAGACUUAACAUUUACCUUGAAAGACACAAGGGUCUAAGAAAUCAUAAAGAUUUUUAUAGUUUGAUAUGUAUCACAUCAGUUAAGUGGUCUCAUGUGCCCUUGACAUGGCACUAUAUAGCUUCUUUUUUGAAAGGACUAGUCACAGGUGAAUUCAGUGGAGAGAGAGACCUUGGAACUGUUCUAUAUGGCUGCACAUAGUUCCGAGUUAGCUAAGGCUACUUUAAUCUCCCACUUGUCCAUUUCUCCCCUUUCCUCCCCUGAAUCAGAUAGUGGGUUACAAAUUUGAUGAUUUUUGAGGUACUCUUACUUUCCAAAAUCCGAAUCAAAAAAUGAUAUGUGAAGAUGGGAUUCUCUGAAACUGCUUUGGCACUUCCACUUAACACAUGCCUCCUUUUAAAAUUUUUGUUUUUAAUUGUGGUUAGAGACAAGACAACAUAAAAUUUACCAUCUUAACCAUUUUUAAGUGUACAGUUCACUCGUGUUAGCUCUAUUUACAUUGUAUAGCUCCUCAAAUAUUUUAUAAAACAGCAUUGCUGUUCUCUUCUUGUGUUAUUUAUGUUGCUCAGUAGUAAAGUUAAAAUUGCAUUACCACUCUCCAGUUGAUAGACUCAAGCAUCUCCAGAGAAUUUUCCUAAAAGUGAAAAGAAAUCCCCGAAUUGUUGACUGGGUAACUUCUGAAAGGGAUUUGGAUUUGGCAGUUGAGUGGGGAUUGUCAGAAUGCAGUAAAUGGGAACAGCUUUUAGCUAUAGAUCAGUCUCUUGACUGCAGAAGAAACAGUAUUCUUAACUUGUUAUUUAAAAAUCUUUCUCUGGCAUACUUGAAUGAUAAUGGUGUUACAAAACUAAAAAUGGGGACUUGUUGUAGGGAGACAACCCCAAUAGCAUAUGGAACUCACAAUUAGAUAGUAAGUUUUCUUACUGUGCCUGCCAUGGGCAGAGCCUGCCACAAAAAUUCUCCAUUAGGUGAACCUGUUUAAAUAUCUCUAGGUUUUCGGGAAGCUUUGAGGUAAUUGCAAAUUUAAUGAUUUGGUAUUCUCAAAAGGGAUGUGUUUAAUGAUCCUUUUUCUUCAAAAUGUUUUUUCUCAACUAGACAUAAAAUAUAUGUGAAGACAAUAUGAUUUCUUGCAGUUACUGUGUACAGAGAAACAGUUUCCAUUGUUAUAUGAAGUGCCUUUUUAAAUUUCACCCUGCUUAAAACUUAACAUUUUGGUGUCUUGCAUAUGUUGCUGGUGGUAUUUAUGUGAGUUCUGUACAGUUAUUUUUUUUUUUUUUUGGAGUCUUAUAGUUUAUUCAUCAUCUGUACAAUUGCACUAUCUAAAUGUACUCUCCUUCUGAAUGUUCAUUUGUUUUCUUUAUAGCACUGUUGAUCCAUUUCAGAAGGUUAUAGAGUAUGCCCUUCCCCUUUAUUUAAAUAAUGUUAUGGUAGUUCUUUUUAGUUAUUAAUGAUUGGCUCAGUUUCCUGGGCAUUAAGGCAGCUUUGUUUUCUUUCUGCAGGUUCCAGGUUUUCUGAUUGAGUCAUUUGUCUAUCUAACUUUGUUCUAAGCCAUGGUAACACAACUUAUAUUUGAUAAGUGGAAGUGUUUGCUUGGUAAGAAGAAACAAGGACUUUAGGAAAAGCAGUAGAUUUCCUGAUACUUUAUCCUUUGUUUUCAGACGGUGUGACAACUUCCUUAUCAAUGUAAUUGUAUUUAAACUUUUUUUUUCUUACUGUGUGGCAGCUUCUUUAUAAUUCCAUUUAUUUACAUAGCCCUCAAAAUGACAUUUUGAGGGGAGCAUAAAGUCUUUCAGGAUACUUGGAUACUAUUUAGUAUGUUACAUUAGUACUAUACUAAUAAUUUACUGAAUGAUACCUAAGUGACCUGAUUGAUAAUGUCCUUAAGGGUCCAGUACAUCCAGGAUAACCUCAGGUACUAAAAACAAGGAGGUUGGAAUAGACACAAUCCAGAAUCCCUUCUAGCUAUAAAAUUGGAUACAGAGUUAAAUGACACGGAUAAGUAGACUUAACUGCCACAUUCACUAUUCUUGAGGAUGUAAUUUAGUGGAGUUCUGAUGAAGGUUAGAAAUCAUGGAUUAGGUCUUUGUAGGAAUAGUUUAUAAAGGUUGCAAUAAUUGAAAACUUUUUUUUUUCUUUAACGUGAGGCAUAUCUUGCCCCAGACUUGCACUGCUUAUGUUUCCUUGUCUUUUGAAAUUUGCCAUUCUUAAUGUUAGUGGCUAGUCCAAUAAUGGAUUGUGAUAUCUGUGUACAUCUUAGGCAUGUCAUUCAGUUCGCCAGGUCCAUUCUGUAUAGUUUUCAUUUGUGGAUACACAAACCAAUCCUUCCAUUUUUCACUUAAAAUAUACAGGUGGAAGUUAUCAUUUAACUGAUGAUCGCUUUUGAAUGCAAAUCUUUUAGUUAUUUUUCCAGAAAUAAAGAGUUUUGUAAGCCAUUAAAUUUUUUUAUGAAAUUUCCCGUCCUGUACGAAUGAUGAAAUACUGUUUUAUUAAAUCUUUUUUUUCUUAUUGAUUAGUGGGAUAAUAUUUUUGUAAUAUUUUUGUCUUUUUUGUUUGCUUGACUUUAUAGUAAUGAAAACUUUUUUAUAGUCGUGUUCGGUAUCAUUGAGUUAUGUUAUUACUGGAAAUUAUGUUUGCUUCCAGUGGGAUAUAUCUGGAAGUGAUCACAGUCCAACCAUGUCCUUUUGAUGUUAUCAUAUCAGUUAUUUCAUUCUUUAUUUGAUCUUUUCUUCUCCCUUAUGUAACACAUCUUUCUGGAAGGAUGUCUGAUCUUCCCCUAAUCUCUUUGAUGUAGAUUAUAUUUUUUAUUCUACCAGUAAUUACUAGCCAGUAUUUUGAUGUGGCUUUGUAUACUUAAAUACAAUGCCUUCAGCAUUAUUGUAAGAGAUUUUCUAGUCUUCUUUUUUAAUGUCCUUUUUUUUUAAAAGUAGCCAGUCCAGUCUCUGGAACUAUUAUUUUCUGGCUAUUGAACUUUCAUCAGUUUUAAAUGCUUUCUCAUUUAAUAGUAGUAUUUUCUCAUUUUAUAAUUUUCACACAAAUGUAUUAUUACAUAUGGUUUAUGGCUAAUUGCAUCCUCUCAUAAAAAUUUUAAGCCCAUUACCAUGGAGUUAUAGAACAGUGCUGACAUAUAGUGUAUCUUAAAGUUAACUAGUUUUCUCCAGGUCUUAAGGGCUUUACAUGUUUUAUUGAGAUAACUCUAUUUCAAAUGGUCUCUUGGAUUUUCUGAUGCCUUGUCAAGAAUUCAACAAGAAUUCUCAGGUUGUCUGUACUUUCUUUUAGGACUUUGGAGAUCUCUCAAGUUGUAUUGAGUUUUCUAAUAAUCCUAACUAACUAUGUUCUUUGGUAGAAGUGAAAGUAAAUGCUUUAUAUCUAGUGGUAUUUUAAAUUUCUCCUUUGAUCUUAAAUGCUUCAGGUGUUAUUAUGAGUUCUGUUAGUAGUCUUCUUACAAGACCUACUUUGAUAUGCUGUUUUUUUCCCAUGAGCUAUCUAUGUUUUCUGUUUUCUUUCAUUGCCCAUAAGAGUAGCUCUGUCACGUCAUUGAGUUUGAAGGGCUACAGUUAGACCUCUUGUUAACUCCCACUUUUAUCUAUGAUGGCUAUUUUACACUACUUAGUGUGCAUUUAACACUAAUGUGCUAUAAGAACUAUCAUGUUUGUGGUCCCUUUUAUUUAUACCACUUUUAAUUCGUGGGGCAACAAUGAUGUGGACGAUUGGGGGAAAACAUUUUCCAAGUCACUAAAUAGUCUUAAAUUUUCAGUUACAUUUUUUUGAACAUAUUUAAUUACAUUAAAUAUCCAGCUGUUAGGUGUGCAGCCCAUUCCUUUCUGCCUUGGUUCUAGUCAGUUUUUUAUUAACCUCAUUUAGAUUCUUAGCAAGAGUUGCAUGCAUGUUGGUCUUUGUCUAAUGGCUUAUAACAACUCCUAUUUACAUUUAGCAAAAAUAUAUUUUGAGAUCUUGAAAGCACCUUGAUAGCCUUGAGUCUAACUAUUGUCUUCCUACCUGGGAAGCAAGCAGAGGAGAAAAUUUUCAUUUAUAGAGCUUACAUUUACUAGGCUGUGUGCUAGAAGUUACAAGGCGUUCUUGAGGAAGAAAUUCACUCUGAUUUUGCAGAUGAGGAAAUGAAACAUCAUUAAACACCUUGCUCAAUUGGUGAAACCAAGCUUUGAAUAUAGACUCUUCCUCCAAAGUCUGAAUUCAGCAUUAUACUAGGCUGCCUCUAUGUAUUUUUCAAGGCUCUACUAAAGUCUUAACUUUUCUGAUGAGCUAACUUGACAUACACUAAUCUUUUUCUUCCCUAAACUUUGUGUUUAUGGUUGUACUCUCAUCCCUUAGUAUUUGAUGUCUUAUAUUAACUAAUUCCUGGUCAUUUCAUGUGUCAGACGAGAAACCCUAACCUCUUAGUUUUCCCAUUGAGAUUUCACUGUGGGACUAAGAUUGUUCUUGAUGCAUGGUCAUUGGCUUGUUUCAUGUAUUCCAUUCAUUUUCAGCACUGAUCAUUUUAGUCAUGUUUUUUUUUUUCCUACCUUUUUUGUUUGUUAUAUCCAUUUUGUUUCAGAUACACACUUAAAUUUUAUUUAUUUUUUUUUUUUGCUGGCAUCUUUAAGAUAUUGGCUAGGGAAAAAGGUGGAAUGGUGCAACACACAUGGUAUUUAAAUUCAAAGACCUUGAUCCGAGUAUUAGCAAGUCAUUUAUUAUCUGAGCCUCAGUUUUCCUACUCUCAAAUGAGGUAAUGCGCAGAAGUACUUUGAAAACUCAAAAGUCAAAUAUAGAUAUCUUUCAUAGUUGUGCUGUUUCUACACACAUUCAUAGAUAUAACUGUGGGAUGGUAUUGGGUAUAAGUACAGGUACAUUUUAAGAUGUGUAUUUAAUAGCAUGUAAUAGUUCUUGUCAUCAGAUCAUUUCCCCUUGUUUACAGUUUUUUAAGGCUCAACCAUUAAGCUAUAUUGCAAACCCAUCAAUGGACUAAGUCAUUGAAAGGCAUAUUUAAAGUAAAAUAGUUGCUUUUCUCAAGUGCAAGCUAAGAAAUGCUUAUGAUAAUAAGAAAUAAAAGAAUGUAGAAUGAAGAGCUAGGAUAUGUAGGUACGUGUAUACAGUUUUUGAUGGAUGCUGUUUUGUCACUUUGUGUCUAUGUUGGCAACAAACUUUUAUCAUCAUCAAUAUCUAUGUGCAGGCAGGCACUGAGGAAGGUCUGGGGGUACUGGGAGUUCAUAAGAGAUGGUGUAUUCUCACAAGAGAAGGAAAUACCAAUACAAUGUAAUUGUCCUGUUUAGAGGAUUGUCUGUGAUGAGGUUGGAACAAAAGAGGGCCAUCUAGAGGGAUCAAGGAAGCUUUUCUUACUUAGUAAAUACUUGAGCUGGGGUUUGGAACAUGCUUAGAGAAGAGCCAGUUGGACUAACGGAGAAUCAGGAGCCAGGCAUUGAAAUGAAUCAGUGCAUACAAAGGCAUGUGGAACAUCACAUCUGGUUUCAGAAUUGUAAGGAACACCCUUUAUGGGGCACAGUUUGAGAUGCAGCUGAAGAAAAAGGAUAAAUUACCCAUGAAAAUGUAUUGGUUCCUACUUAUUCAAAGUGUACCAAGUUUGUAUAGCCGUUACUUGUAAGGUUAUAGAAGUAGUCUGUCUGGAGUUCGCUUUGUACCAUAGUCUCCUGUGGACAUCUAGAACAAUUCUUUUUCUUCUCUGAACUGAGCCAAAGGAGGGUUUUUGGUCAGUGCACCACCAGCCCCAGGGAUAGACAGCUCAAGCAGUGAGAAAGAACUGAGGCACCGGUAGAGAACAACUUUGAAGAUGAACAGGAUGAUGACACUGAAGUGGAAUGUUACAUUAUGGGUAUACAGUUGUAUACUUCAUGACCUCCUAUUGGCAUUGUGUCCUUAGUGUAGCUAAAUGUGGCUAAUCUCCCUGUAUGUUGGUUUAUAGAUAAUUUGAGGGUGGAUUUGGGGAAAAUGAAGAUAUUUCUAAAAAUGUUGCUUCAUUGGAGUUUGGAGGUGUUGUAUUGAAGAAAGACCUGUGAACCUUGUGCCAGUGGUAUCUCCAGCAGCACCCAGAACACAUUUUGUCAACUUCCUGUUUGUUUUUUCUCUGGUUUGGAGUUUCUUUUCUUGCUUUUGUUGCCACUUUGUCACCUUUUCUCUUUUCAUAAUUCAUCCUUUUUCUUUCUGUGCCAGAGAUAUAGCAGUGGCACUCAGGGUUAAAGCUAUAACUCCCCCUUAGCAGCUUCAGAGAUAUUUUAAAAUUCCCGAGUUCCAAAGUUGUUUUUUUGUUUGUUUGUGGUCCUGUGCUGAAGGAGAAUCUGUCAUUCUUCCCAGGAGGGAUUUUUAUAAGUAUAGAUACUGGCAAUUUACCGAAAAGACAAUACAGGAAGAAGAAUCUUACCUAACACGUUUGGUGGUUACUGGCCUUCUUAAAUGAAUAAAGUACUUUACAGAAUGGGGUAUAUCUGUAUGUAUGUUUUUAAGUUUGCUCAUAUAAAGCAGAUGUUCUGUGUACUUUGUAUUUGUAAACAAUAACCAGUUGGGGGUGGGAAGAUGAUUGCUUUGUAUAAAAGGGUUGUUUUCUGGUUCCAAAGCUUUGCUGCUGGAGAUGGUAAAUAAAUAUUGUACUGCUUUGCUGUGUUUAUCCCUUCUGCUCUGUCUGUAUUUGAAUAUAAAAUUCUUGAGAAAAAUUGUUGCUUUUCAAAAUGUUAUUUUGGGGUAUGGUUUGAGCCAUAGGUUGGGCAGAAGAGGCUUCUGGUAAACAGAACUUCUGGGAGUACAAACUUCAGACCGAACUGCGGACCCCGGCUUUAGAAUGAGCAGUAAUAAGCAGGCUUUGGAAUUUGAGUUUGUAUUAAAUAAUGCAAUUGUUUCAGGAAUUCUUUUAAAAUUAAUUGCAUUCGUCAGAUGGAUAGAUAAUAUGAUGAUUUACAAAGUUAAUUACACUUUCACAUUUGAUUGCUUCUUUGAGCUUUUUUAAAACUUGGAAUCCCUUAUAGAGGAUAAGGAUAAUGGCCAGAAUAAUCAUUCUCCAGUUAACACCCCUCUGACUAGUUUGUGCCAGCUGGUAUUCAGGAAGGAUGCUGUAACAACAAAUAAACCUCUCCCUUGGAUUGUUCUCUAUAUCCCCUCUCCCUAAUCUUCUCCCCCCCCCCCCCCCCACCUCCUACAAAGCUCAUCUUUCCUUAUUACUGGCUUUUCUGUAGCCAAAAAAGCACCUUUGGUGUGUCAGAUAGGGAACUGGGUUGUUGUGAUCACCUCUCUGGACAACUAUUUUUACAGUGCUUUCUCCUAGCUUACAUCAUCCUGUAAGGAGUGAGAAUUAGUCCAUUUCACAGAGUGCUCCAUUGGCUAUAUUCAUUAUUUCCAUUAAAAAAUAAUUUUGUAUAAUGCCAAAUUUGAUAGUUACUCAACAACUAAAAUGCUUUUUAGAGAUUGGUGAUUUUAAAAUAUGUCAGUUGCUCAUUAUAAAAAAGCCUCAAAAUGAUAUAAUGCCACAAACUAUUAUAAAAUGAUAAUUUCUUCUGUGAAGCCCUGCCUUGUUCAGUAUUGUUUCUAGAAAAUGCUUUACAAAAGCAGAUUUAUUCUUUUAAUUCUGUAUUUCCUUUAACUUAAUCUUGGCAAAUAUUUCUAGAAAACUGACUUAAUGGCAGUAAGAAGCUCAACUUUUGGGUGAGCAGAUGAAUGAAGAGUAAAAUGGAAAAUCUGCCUGUAUUUAAUAUUUUAAAAACAUUUAUUCAUGAGACCUUAGAAAAGUUUUAUUAAAUGGAUUAUAGCCUGUUUUCUCAGCAUUCAGUGCCAAGUCCAGUUCUUAACUACCAAAGGGGACUUGGCAAGUAUAUGGCACUUGGCUUCUUAAACUAUAAUACACUGAAGGAUUGAGUGAAUGGUCCAAGAAAUGGGCAUUUGUAGAUGAAUUUUGAAAGAAAACCCACCUGUGAAAUUCAAGUUAUAGUUAAAAUUACUUGUGGGACCUUGUUAGCUUUCUUGUGAAUAAAUAUGUAUAUUUAGAAAUUACCUUGGUCAUUGGAAAAGUUAAGAAUGUUGCUUUCUAUUUUUAUAUUCCAAAAAGAAAAAGAGGACGGUCAGGUUUAGGCUAAAUAAACUAGUAUUUUUAAUUUGACUAAAUAUACUUUUAAUAAUUUACACUUAAAAAUACAAAUGGGUAUGGGUACUUCAUAAUUUUUUUAAAGCAUACAUGUAUUUUGCUUUUUGCUUUAAAAUAGUAAUGGUGUUUGACAUCAAAACUGUGUAAAAUACACUUUCCUGAUAGCCCUUAAGUCUGUUGAAUUGAAUAUGACUUACCUUAGUUAUGAUUAGUAUCUUUUUCUGUUAGGUUUGGAAAAUAAUGUUAUCUUGUCAUUGGAUUUCUUAGAGGGAAAAAUCUGGAGGAAAAGAAAAGUUAAAUACAAUUUACUAACAGAUUAUGUUGCUUCUAGAUACAGAAUUUCCAUCUACCUUUAUAAAGUAUAAAUGUUAAACUUCUAUUUUUGUAAGGGAUUAAUUUAAACCAGAUCUAUCAUUCCCAAACAAAAGAGUGAGAUCCUCAGUUCUUUUUGUCUUUAUGCUGUCUUGUUUGUUAAAAAUUGAAAUUUUAUGGGGCACCUGUGUGGCUCAGUCAGUUAAGUAUCCUACUCUUGAUCAGGUUCAGGUCUUGAUCUCAGGGUCGUGAGUUUAAGCCCCAUGUUGGGCUCUGCACUGGGCGUGAAGUCUACUGAAAAAAAAAAUUGAAAUUCUGUAAAUAAUUUUAUUACAUGUGCUCACUGUACAAAUACUAGGAAAUAGAGAUAAAACGGGAAAAAAAACCUUUCCAGACAGAAAGAAACAACUGCUAUUAAGAUUUGAUUUAUAGCUUUCUAGAUUUUACUUAACAUAUUUUAUUUAACAAAAGACAAAAUUAUUUUCACUUAAAUACAAGUUAGGGAAAAAAGACAUUGAAAUGUAUAUAGAUGAUAACUUCAUUGAUCGGCGGUAUUGUGCCAUUUCGUCAUUAAUUUGCCUAUUUAAUGAUAGUGUAUGAUUUUAUAGUUCACAUAGAUGUUUCACAUGAAUGUUAGAAAUUUUAAUAGUAUCCAGGAAAUCUUAGCUCAUUAAACUUGACUAGUAAGUGAAAGUAUUAAUUACUUUGGUGAAAAUUUUGUCCAAAUAGUAGUCACCCUGGGUGUGACUCCUCAUGAUCUUUUAUGAUCAGGAUUGUGAGUUCAUGAUCAAAACUAAUUUGAAGUUCAACUGAACUGAUUUUGAGGUGGUUAUUGGCCUGUAGCAAAAAGAAAAAUCAGGAUAGUGCAGCUAGUUUUUCACAAGGCUAAAUUUGUUUAAUAUGAGACUAUUAAGGGAAAUUUUAAAGGAUCAGCCUGAGGUUGUGUCUUUACUCGUAAGAAAUGGUGACCAUUGAUAUUAGUUCCUUUAAAAUGCCCUUACUUGGGCUGCCUGGGUGGUUCAGUCAGUUAAGUGUCCAGCUCUUGAUCUCAGGUCUUGAUCUCAGGUUCCUGAAUUUGAGCCCUGCAUUGGGCUCCACACUGGGCAUGAGCCUACUUAAAAAAAAAAAAAAAAAUGUCCUUAGUUGACAAAAUAAGGGACUCCUAUCCCAGGCUUUGCUUUUCCCUCUGCCCCCAGUUAUGUUGACACAUUGAAUCCCAUUAUUACGGAUUAGAUCUCAUAAGAGAUUCUUCCUUUCUUGCCCAAGUUAUACCUUACUUCUAGCUUGGAAUUUUUGCUAUAACUCAACUCCACUAUAUUAAAACAUAAACAUUUUGUCCUCAAAAACAAAAGUCUUACUUUCACCUGUGCAGGCAUUCCUUGGAGAUUUUGCAGGUUUGGUUCCAGACCACCACAAUAGGACAGAUGUUAAGUGUGCAGUAGUAGUAUGUCUAAAAAAAUAUACAUACCUUAAUUUAAAAAUAUUGCUAACAAAUGCUAACCAUCAUCUGAGCUUUCAGUGAGUUUUAAUCUUUUUUCUCGUCUUGCCUCGAUGAUGAUGGCUUCUGACUGACCAGGUUGGUGGUUGCUGAAGUUUGUGGUGGCUGUGGCAAUUAAUAUAAAAUUACAGUGAGGUUUGUUGCUUUGAUUAAGUUUCAGAAACAAUCUCUCAAGCGUGGUAAUAUUCUAAAUCCUUUGUUGUCAUUUCAACAGUCUUCACAGCAUCCUCACAAGAGUAGAUUCUAUUUCAGGAAAUCUCUUUGCUCAUUGAUAAGGAGCUCCUCAUCAAUUCAAGUUUUAUCAUGAAAUUACAGAAAUUGAGUCACAUCCUCAGGCUCUACUUCUUGCUAAUUCCGGUUCUCUUGCUAUUUCCACCACAUCUGCACUUCCUUCCUUUUUCCCGGAAGUCUUGAACCCCUUAAUGUCCUCCAAGAGGGUUGGAAUCCAUUUCUUCUAAACUCCUCUUAAUAUUGAUAUUUUGACUUCUUCCCAUGAAUCACAAAUGUUCUUAAUGGCCACUAGAAUGGUAAAUCUUUCCGGAAGGUUUUCAAUUUUCUUUGCCCAGAUCUCUCAGAGGAAUCACUAUGUAUGGAACUAUAGCCUUACAGAAUAAAUUUCUUAAAUAAUAAUAAGACUUGCGAGUUGAAGUUGUUCCUCAAUCCAUGGGCUAUAGAAUGUGUGUUGUGUUAGCAGGCAUAAAAACAACAUGAAUCUCACUGUGUAUCUCCAACAGAGCUCUUGGAUGACCAGGUGCAUUGUCAGUGAGCAGUAAUAUUUUAAAGGAGUUCUUUUUCAGCAGUAGGUCUCAACAGUAUGCUUAAAUUCAGUAAACCAUGAUGUAAACAGAUGUGCUAUCAUCCUGGCCUUAUUCCAUUUAUAAAGCACAGGCAGAGUAAACUUAGCAUAGUUCUUAAGGACCUUAGGAUUUUAGAAUGGUCAAUGAGCGUUGAUUCCAACUUAAAGUCACCAGCUGCAUUAGCCCCUAACGAGAGUCAGCCUGUCCUUGGAAGCUUUGAAGCCAUGCAUUGACUUCUCUCUAGCUAUGAAAGUGCUAGAUAUUAUCUCCUUCCAAUAGAAGGCUAUUUCAUCCACAUUGAAAAGCUGUGGCUUAGUGUAGCCACCUGCUGCUUCCCCUUGCACUUCGCUGUUCACUGAGACAGCUUUUCUUAAGCCUUGUGAAUCAACUAGCUUCAAACUAGCUUUUCUUUUUCCUCACUUAACCCUUCACAGAAUUGAAGAGAGUUAGGGCUUUGCUCUGGAUUGGGUUUUGGCUUAAGGGAAUGUUAUGGUUACUUUGUUAUGGUUGCUUUGAUCUGUCCAUACCACUAAAACUGUCUUCAUAUCAGCAAUAAGGCUGUUUUGUUUUCCUAUCAUUUGUUUGUUCACUAGAGUAGUACUUUUAAUUUCCUUUAAGAACUUGUCCUUUGCAUUCACAACUUGCCUUUUUGGUCCAAGAGGCCAAGCUUUCAGCCUAUCAUGGUUUUCAGUAUGCUUUCCUCACAGAGCUUAAUCAUUUCUAGCUAUUAAAGUGAUAAAUUGUGCAACUCCUCCUUGCAUCUGGACACUUAGUGGCUAUCAUCAGGUUAUUAAUUGGCCUAAUUUCAAUAUUUAGGUCUCAGGGAGUAGGCCUAAGGAAAGAGAAAGCGACAAGGGAAUGGCCAGUUAGUGGAGCAGUCAGACAACGUUUACGCAAUCUUUAUGUGUAGUUCAUGGCACCCCAAAACAAUUAUAGUAGUAACAUCAAAGAUCACAGAUCGGCAUAACAAAUACAAUAGUGAAAAAUUUUGAAAUUUUGCAAGAAUUACCAGAAUGUGACAGGCAUAAAGUGAGCAAAUACUGUUGGGAAAAUCACAUUGAUAGACUUACCGGAUGCAGGGCUGCCACAAACCUUCAAUUUGUAAACGUUGUAUCUACGAAGCACAAUAAAAUGAGGUGUGCCUGUCUGUGCUUAACUUUCAUGGAUAUGUGUACUCAGAUUUAACCCGUAUUCUUAAUCUGACUGCCAUUUCUAGGACACAACUCAAAUUUGCUUUGUAUAAAACCCAAGUCUUAGAUAAAAAUGUAAAGAAUAUACCAGAGGAUAUAAGGAGUUCAUAGUGUCCAGAGUGAGCAGAAACAGGAUCACAGAGAGAGGCCAUAUUAGCCCAGCUUCUGAGGUUCUGGAACAGCUUUUCUUCCUGUACCCAGUGUGUCCCUUAUUUUGUAACCUUCUGACUCCUGAUCACCCACAGAUUUUUUUGUGUGUGUCAGACUGGGAUUUUAACCAUACCUCUGGUUCCCAAUUAAAAAACAAACAAUAUUCUUCAUAAAUUUUUUUCCAUGGUCCCUGAACUAGGAUAUGCCUUUUAACAUUUUCUGACUUGACAACUUUCUUCUUAAUUCUAUGAAAACCCCACACAACUUCCGCAAUGGGAGAGGAGAGGGUAUGGAAGAAAAACUGAUGCAGAGAAUGAUCUAAAAUAGAGGCAAACAGACUCUCCCCCUCCCCAGUGUAUCUCUUGAGACCGUCAUAUUCUUCUCCCAAAAAAUAACUGAGUGGGUAGCAUUUUCUUGCAGAUUAUUUGCUGUAACCCUGGACUCAGUAGUAUUCUUUAAUAGUUUCUAAUAUGGAAGUUAAUCCAGGGUGAGCACAGCAAGUGCUUCAAGAAAGAUGGCUCUGAAGAUCCUAUAGCUGCUAACAUUUUAUUCUUUUUGUUUUUUCUUUUUGGCUUAAAACAACAGAAAUUUAUUCUCUUACAGUUCUGGAGACUAGAAGUCCAAGUUUGGCCAGACCAAGCACUCUCUGACCACUCUAGGGAAGGGUCCUCACCUCUCUCCUCACUUCUAACGGUGGCCAGCAGUCCCUGGCUUGUAGUUUUGUCACUCCUGUUGCUGCCUCUGUCUCCCAUGACAUUCUCCCUGUGUGACUUAGUCUCUUCAUGUGGCAUCAUCCUCUCUGUGUCUUUAUUCUUACCAUUCUUACCUUUGAGAGCCAAUUCCAUUUCUAGCUUGAGAAUUUACAUAUCUGAAAGUCAGACCAUAGAGAAACUCUAAGGACCUAAAUGCUUAUUAAUACUAUAGGCUUUGGGGAAGAUUGGCAAAUCUGGCCUAAGAAGAACACUCCUAGAAUUUUGUGACUUCACGUUAAAUAACAAUUCAGUAUUUUGUCACUAAUGGAAUGGUGGAGACUCCCACACCUAAGAAUAUAGUGGCCCCUUUUCAUCUUAAUUCUACAGAAACAUUUAAUACACUUUCGUCUAUCCUGAAAUGAGUUCACUUUCUGCCCAUGUUCCUGACAAAUAACACUAUAGUUUUGAUUCUGCUUUUGAAUCAGUAACAAGGUGGCCUGCAGUAAGUUUUUUUUCCCCUUGCUUCUUUCUGAUAAGUUAAAAUAUAUUUCCGAACAUAUUGAUUCUUUGAAUUACCUGUUCUAUUUUUGUGCAAAAUAAGGUCUUCUGCGACCUAAUAGGCAAAAUCCCUAGUAUGUGUUUUAAUAUCAGUCAUCUCUGGUUUUCCAGUGCAUGUGUGUUUUCCCAGAACCAUAGAAGUAUGUAAUUCAGUAAGAUCUAGAGGCUGCCCCUCAUCUUGAACCCCUAAAAAUGGAAAUUCAAAGGAUUUGGCUUCCUAGAGUGAGUGUGUGUUCAUAAAUAACCCAUUACUCAUGCCUGGCUUAAACCAGCAACCGUGAUCCCGAAACCUAAGUUGUGAUGGAAAAAUAUAUGAGUAUCAUCCCCUGCCUCAUAUAAUUAAUUUUUGUCAUUUAAAAAAAAUUUUUUUUUUUUAACGUUUAUUUAUUUUUGAGACAGAGAGAGACAGAGCACGAACGGGGGAGGGUCAGAGAGAGAGGGAGACACAGAAUCUGAAACAGGCUCCAGGCUCUGAGCAGUCAGCACAGAGCCCGACGCGGGGCUCGAACUCACAUACCGCGAGAUCGUGACCUGAGCCGAAGUAGGACGCUUAACUGACUGAGCCACCCAGGCGCCCCUAAUUUUUGUCAUUUUAAAUGGCAGAAGUCUCAAAGUUGAAGUUCACUCUUUCUCUGGCUGCCAUUCAUUCCUUUUUAGCUACUCCUAGCAGAUUGUCUUUCAUAUCUACUUAUGUGCUUUCAAUAUAGGUAGCCAGAGGUGGGGUUUUUGGGGCUUGGGGUUUGUUUUUUUUUAUUUUUAAGAAGAAAAUAGAAACUUUCCCCUUUGAGGAAAAGAAGGAAAAUAAACUCAAAUGUCUUUUGUUUUCAGUAUCAGAGCUGUUAGGUCUUUUGAGUCCUUCAAAGUCAUGAAAGAUUAAAUAAACAGAUCAGAGUUAGCUGGGAAUCACAGAAGUAAUCUUUUGAUUGAUAUCGUCAGCUAGUUCAUUAAGUGUUAACGUAGGCUACUGAUAACUAAAUAUAGGAAAAAUAAUUUUAGCAAACAAUAAUACCAACAGUCUUUAUUUGUUCUCCAAAAGGUAAUGUUCUAGGACUAGAGACUAACUUUAGAAUGAGGUUGAAGAGAUCUAAACAAAUGUAUAAGUGCUGAUUAAAGGUACUAAACAAUUUAUCUUCCUAGCUUAUGAGUAUAGUUUGAAUGGAGUAAAAUUCUUACCUAUAUUUUGUGACUAAUGGAUUACUAAAAAUUUUUCCAGUUGGAUAUAUAAUCUGUUUCAGACUUUAAUUUUCAGCUAGUUUUCUGCCCAGCAUAUGUUCAAAAAUUUUUUUAAGUUUAUUUAUUUAUUUAUUUUGAGGUAGCACACAAGCAGGGGAGGGCCAGAGAGAGAGGAGAGAUCUCAAGCAGGCUCCACACUGUUAAUGUGGAGCCAGAUCAGGGCUUGAACUCACAAAUCAUGAGAUCAUGACCUGAGCUGAAAGCAAGAGUCAGAUGCUUAAACCAACUCAGCCACCGAGGUGCCCCAAGAGUGUAUUUAUAAUUUAUAAUGUAAAGCAGAGAAUCCUUAAUUGUGCUUUAAAGGAAACUUUAAGAAGAAUAAAUAUUAUGUAAAAUCUUCCUGAAUGAGUAUAACCUCAGAAGUAUUUCAGAAUGGUUAUUUUGUAGUGGCCUAGGAAAAAGUAAAAUGAUAGUGAACCAUCAAUUCAAGGGUAGCUCUUCCUGCAUUAGAAUUACCUUAAUCCAGAACAUGGCCUUCUUUCUGUCCCCAGAAUUGUGAUCCAACAACAUAUUUUUAUAGGUAAACCCUAAUUUAUACCUUGUCUACCUUGUGUUCAUGUGACCUUAGUUUACUUAACCUUCCAAGCACAACUUUUACUAGAGUUUAAAACCUAAAAAGUGUAUCUGUUAGGAAAACUAACAUACUCUAGGCCCAUGUUUGAUUAUCAUUAACUUCCUUAAAUUAAAAAAUUCUUUUAGAAUCUACUCUAGAUUUCCUUCUCAAGGUAGUAUUUACAUUUUAAAUAAAGAAAUAUUAUUUUUGUCUUCCCAAAGAGUAAAUUUUUGUUUUUAAGACAGGUAAAUAUGUCUUUACUAAAGGAUCAGAGCUCUGAUAAAGAUUUUUGUGACUCUUUUUCUAAUAAGCUGCAUUGUUCUAUGCCUUGUAAAAGAAUAUUUUGGUGAAGUUAGGAGAAUGUCAUCUAUUACCUGGUACAAGGGUAUAUGUAGGCUGGCCAAGUGGUCAGAAGUCAGCUGGAACUACUUGUACCCAAAGUGAUUCUGUGAGCAUUCCUUGUUGCAAGGAUGCAGCUUCAUAUUGAAAAUACCAUUUUGACCUUCUUAUGUAUACUCCAGUGUAACUUUUGUGUACUUGGAAAGUCACACUUGGUGUUUGACAUGGUUGAUGAUGCAACUCUAUCCCACUGUAUAUAAAAUUUGGGUUGCACAUAAAUGACUGAUUUGCCUACAGAGUGAUACAGAGUAACCCAGUCUUUCUAGUAGAAAAAAAAUUUAAUAGACUUUAUUUUGGGGGGAAGUUUUAGGUUUACAGCAAAACUGGGAGGAAGAUAGACAGAGAUUUCCUGUAUACUUCCUGCCCCUGCACAUGUACAGCUUCCCUCAUUAUCAACAUCCCCCAGCAUAAUGAUACAUUUGUUGUAGUGAGUGAACCUAGAGUGACACAUCAUUGUCACUUAAGUUCAUAGUUUACAUUAGGGCUCACUAUUAACGUACAUUCUGUGAGUUUAUAAAAAUUUGUGAUAACAGGUGUCCCCUUUAUAGUAUCAUACAGAAUAAUUUUACUGCCCUGCAAAUCUGUACUCUGCCAGCUCAUCCUCCCCUCUCCUCAACCCUGGGCAACCACCGAUCUUUUUUACUAUCACCAUAGUUUUGCCUUUUCCAGAAUGUCAUAUAGUUGGAAUCAUACACUUUGUAUAGCCUUUUCAGAUCGGCUCCUUUCAUUUAGUAAUAUGUAUUUAAAUCUCCAUGUCCUUUCAUAAACUGAUGGCUUUUUUUGUUUGUUUAUUUGUCGACUCAUUUCCUUUCAGCACUGAUAUUCUAUCAUCUGGAUGUUCCACAGUUUAUCCAUUCACCUACUAAAACACAUAUUGGUUGCUUCCAAGUUUUGGCAUUUAUGAAUAAAGCUGCUACAAAUAUCUAAUUACACAGGUUACUUCGCCUCUAACUACUAUAUAUUUGCGUGUUCAUUUUUUAUUUUUUUUAAUUAUUUAUUUUGAGAGAGAGCACUAGCAGGGAGGGGCAGAGAGAUUAGGAAAAAGAGAGUAUCCCAAGCAGGCACCACACCAGCAGCACCAAGCCCGAUACAGGGCUCAAACUUCUGAAACUGGGAAAUCAUGACCUGAGCCAAAAUCAAAAGUCAGACGCUUAACCUACUGAGCCACUCAGGUGCCCCUGCAUGUUGUUCUUUAAGGAAGAUCAUGUCAUCUGUGAACAAAGAGGAUUUUAUUUCUUGAUUUAUGGUUUGUCUGGCAUUGAUUGGGGGAAAUUUUUAGUCAUUGCAUAAAGGUUUCUGUUCUUUCUCUCUCGUAUUUUUUUUAUGUGUAACAUCUUUUGUAACAAUUCUUGGAUAUUCCAUUUUGUGUUUUUUUCAGUCUUUGUUUUGUUUUUUAGUUUUGGGAGUUUCUGUGGCUGUAUUCUCAAGCACAGAGAUUCUUUCCUCGGCAGUGUACAGUCUACUAAGGGCACUGUCAAAGGCAUUCUUCAUUUCUCUUAUAGUGUAUUUGAUCUCUACCAUUUCUUUUUGAUUCUUUCUUAGGAUUUCUCUCUCUUACUUACAUUACGCAUCUGUUCUUUCAUGUUGUUAAUCAUAGUUGUUUUGAAUUCCUGAUCUGAUCAUUCUAACAUCCUUGCCGUGUCUGCCUUUCUGUGCUUGCUCUGGCUCUUCAAACUGUGUUUUUUGCCUUUUAGUGUUCCUUAUAAUUUUCGGUGGAAAGGUAGAUAAGAUGUGUUAGGUAAAAGGAACUGUGGUAAAUGGGCCUUUAUAAUGUGAUAGUAAAGAAUGGGGCGUGGUAGCACUGUAUAGUCCUGUGAUUAAGUCUCUGUCUUGUUGAGCUUGUGCCCCUGGACUGUGACCUUCAGCCCUGCUUCUCAUUCCCUUCUUUCAAUCGGGAAGGAUGGCUAGUGUGGCCUGAAAUUGGGUAUUUCCCUUUCCCUCAUGUGGAAGGCUAAAUGGAGCUAGAUUGGGUCUUUCCAUUUUCCCAGGUUGGUUAGGUUCUGAUAAAAUUCCUACAAGGUUACCUUCUGGUAAAAUAGUUGUUGGUGAGGGCAGACCUUGUUAAGAACAGAAUGCUCUGGCAUAUUUCAAAAUGUUUACUUUUCCUCUCCCCCUGCUGGAAGCAUGAAGGGAUUUUUCUCCAGUGUUUACUGUGAGAACCUGGUAGAACUCCUUGGAGGUAAACUCACAAAAGUGUGAGGGCUCUCCAUGACUGGGUCAUCCUGCAGUUGUUAACUCUUAGACUUAUCCCACUGAGCCUCUCGCAAUCCAUCAGUUACAGUUGAGGUUUUUUGCCUUUAUUGCUUCCUGCUGAGGUUUCCACUCAUGGGUUUUUGCUCCAUUUACUUGGGAUUCUGUAUUUGCCCCCUGUCUUUUUUGGAGCACCAAUUUAUACUGUGACCUCACUUCUCUGGUGGAUGUAAGAAGAGUUGUUCACUUUUGGUUUUUUCAGCUUUUUACUCAACAGAAUGAAGUGGUAGCUUAUAAGCUCCUUACAUGUUGGACUGGAAACUGGAAGUUAGAUCUAUUUUUUUAAUCAAUAAUUUCUCUUAAAUAAAUAUUGUUCUGGCAUUGCUGAAAAGCCAGAAUCAAGGAUGUUUGUACUGUUAGACCUUUUAGAGGUAGACUAAUGGCUUAAUGGCAUUACCUUAUAGAUCAGAAGAACAAAGCAACACCAAACUCUUCAAUAUCCAGAUGAUUAUAAAGUAAAUAAAGAUGAUAAAUUGUCCUUAGAAGCUAGUUUAUCUAACUUUUAGAAAAUGAAAGAUGUUGGUGGAUAAUUGACCUAUAAAAUACUACAUGAAAUACAGAAUACACAAGACAUGUUCUUAGAAAUUUACUGAUGAUAAAAGUAAAUUGUUCUUGAGUGCCUGGCUGGUUCACUCAGAAGAGCAUGUGACUCUUGAUCGCAGAGUCAUGAAUUUGAGCACCAUGUUGCGUGUAGGGAUUACUUAAAGAAAUAAACUACAAAAAAAGGUAAAUGGUUCUUUAGUACAAUAACGCUUUGGUAAAUGGAUUCGUUAUCCCAAGGCUUGUUUUGUUAGUUAAAAAAAAAUGAAAAUGUUUUUUUCAAUUAUAGGAUAAUGUUAAGCAUAAAGACUAUAUUGACCAUCAGAAGGAUAAAGUUGCUUUAACUCUGGCUCGUCUAGCCCGCC